AUGGAGAAAAAGGGAGAGGAAGAAGGGAGAGAAGACACAGAGAAUAUCCAGGAACCCAAGCAAGAACUCAACGUGCCAGUCAAACCUGUUGGGCGGAUAUGUGGGCAGAUGCUGAAGAACUUCUCUGGAAGAAUCGAGGGGAUCCAGAAAGCAAUCAUGGUCCUUAAAGAUAAGUUUAAAGAUGAAUUCCCUACCGUCCUAAGAUUAUCACAGUCUAAUCAGAAAAGAGAACCCGUGCAAAAAACAUCCAAAAUCAGAAUGGCUGUUGCUUUAGCCAAGAUCAACCGAGGAACAUUAAUUUGAGGAUUAAACAGCAUAUCCAGAUCCUCCAAAUCAGUUGCCAGACUUCUGCAGCCUCAGCUUGCUUGCAGACUUUUAGAGUUAAGGGACGUAUCUCAUCGUCUGCUCAAGGAAGUUAAUGCACCAAAGCAACCCCUAUAUAACAUGCAGGUCAGAAACGGAUCUUUGUUUGAAAUCAUUUCUUUCCCAGCAAAGACUGCUUUAACUAGCAUAAUGUAUGCUUCAUACGCAGCACUCAUUUAUUUGACAGUCUGUGUUAAUGCUGUGCUGGAGAAGGUAAUGACAAUUUUCCAAGAAGAAGAAUCCAUACGGCAAAACAGAGGGGAGAGUGAAAAUCUUAGAAAAGCCUUUUCUGAGCCUGUGCUUUCUGAGCCUCUGUUUCCUGAAGGUGAAAUCAAAGCAAAACCUUACAGGUCAUUACCGGAGAAGCUGGAGAAUAUUUCAGAUCGCCCCAGACUUCCUGCUAAUAAGUUGAGGAAUAAGAUCCAGGUUUUACAUUCUAUGUUUGACUCAUCAACUGAAAUGAAUGAAUGAGCAAAUCUGAACUGAAAUAUCACUGAACAGAGCUUAAGAGUUAUCUAAUGACAUUGCAUCUGACAAAACUAGGAAACUAGUUUUCA